CCACCGUGCUGAUGGCGGUGCGGGCGGGGCUGGCGCGGCCCUCCCGCCUCCCACCGCUGCCCGCCGCCGCCCUGCGCCUGCAUCUCAGUGUCGAACCGGCGGCGGGCGGGCAGCGCCGCUUCCGCCUGGGUCUGAGGCAACCGGAGGCGGCCGGUAGCGGGAAUGUGGAUGAGUACGACCUGAAGGACAUCUCGUACAGGGUGCAGAGCCCCACGUGCCACGAGCUGCGAGUGCCCGGGUGCUCCUCAGAUGAGCCCCUGGUGCUGCACUUCGAGGAGGAACGGGAGGCACAGAAGUGGUGGAGCAUCGUCAGCAGCUCCCUGAGGGAGGUGCAGAAAGCCUCAGACAGCACACUGCCAGCCCAGCCCUCCCUCCUGCCUGCUGCUGCCGGGGGCGUCUCUGCCGAGCAGGAUCCGGAAGCAGAUCUGUCCUCAGAGCUUUCUGAGAAAGAGGAUUUGGCCCUCCACCUGGCCCAGGCCAUCGAGAACGGUGACGAGGAGGUGGCCUCACGGUGUGCUGUGGCUCUGGCUCGCCAGCAGGCCACGCUCAGCAUCCUCUGGAAGGAGUCCAACUACCCCACGGAGGAUAUCGGCAUGAAGGUGGUGGUGGAGGAUGCGACGUCUUCAGCCAGCAUCACCAUCCCUGUCCGUGCUCACACCACCAUCGCCGCACUCAAGCAGCAGGUGUUCCGGGACUACGGGUUCCACCCGUUGGUGCAGCGCUGGAUCAUCGGGCAGUGCCUGUGCCUGGACGAGCGCACAGUGUCCUCCUACGGCAUCCGUGGGGAUGGUGACACCGCCUUCCUCUACCUGCUCUCAGCCAGGAUGACCGAGCUGACGGAGCAGCGCUACGAAGAGGACCAGGCCCGGGUCAUGCUCAGCGACGCUGACACCGACAGCCAAGGCCACAGAUACAACACCCUGCCCAACAUGUCCCCCAAGAAAGGCUGGGGGAAUGAAGCCAGCAGGAAGAUGGACACUGGGGAGAUCAGGAGGCACCUGGAUGCACUGCAGCUUGGUGACCCCGCUGGCCAGCCGGCUGCCACCAGCCUGCCCUCCCCUGUGCAGGCGGGCUGGGCCUGUCCCAAGUGCACCUUCAUCAACAAACCCACGCGUCCCGGCUGCGAGAUGUGCAGCACUGACCGCCCCGAGGACUAUGUGGUGCCUGGUGGCUACCAGCCUGACGAGAGGGAGCGGCGGAGGCUGCAGCAGGAGCAGGAAGGGAUCCGACAGUACCAGCAGGCGCUGGAGGCUGAGCGGCUGAGGAACUUCCAGCAACUGCUGCGGGCAGAGGAGGAGGUGCUGGUGCCCAACCGGGAGGUGCUGGAGUGUCAGAUCUGCUUCCAGCAGGUGGCCCCAGGCCAGGGGGUGCUGCUGCGGGAGUGUCUGCACAACUUCUGCAGGGAGUGUCUGCGCCAGGUGAUCAACUACAGCGAGGAGCCCGAGGUGUCCUGUCCCUUCCGUGAUGACUCCUAUGCCUGCAGCAGCCACCUCCAGGAGCGGGAGAUCCGGGCGCUGGUGUCCCCAGAGGAGUACCGGAGGUUCCUGGAGAGGAGCCUGGUGCUGGCCGAGCGCCGCAGCCACAACAGCUUCCACUGCAAGACCACCGACUGCCGUGGGUGGUGCAUCUACGAGGACUCAGUCAACGAGUUCCGCUGCCCCAUCUGCCAGGCCCUCAACUGCCUCCUCUGCAAGGCCAUCCACGAGGGGAGGAACUGCCGGCAGUACCAGGACGACCUCCGGGUGCAGGCACAGAACGACUCAGCUGCCCGGCAGACCAAUGACAUGCUGCAGACGCUGGUGCAGGUUGGGGAGGCCAUGCACUGCCCCACCUGUCUCAUCAUCGUCCAGAAGAAGGACGGCUGCGACUGGAUCCGCUGCACCGUCUGCCAGACCGAGAUCUGCUGGGUCACCAAGGGGCCGCGAUGGGGGCCUGGGGGUCCCGGGGACACCAGCGGUGGCUGUCGCUGCAAUGUCAAUGGACAGAGGUGCCACCCCCACUGCCAGAACUGCCACUGAGAUUCCCCCCCCCCCCCGGCCCGGGGAGCAGCACCCAGGGGGCUGGCAAGCCCCUCACGCAGAGAUGGAUCAGCCGAAUCAGAACCAGCACCACCCAGCCCAGAGCUGCUUGUUGUGAGCUGCAGGGAAAGGAGAGCAGGGACAGGGGCUGGGAAGUGGCCCUGUGCCAGGAGUGGUGACGGGGUGGGGGGCUUUGCCAGCAGCAGAGCCCUCGCGGUGGGGAGCAGCAUAGCUGGGGGGUGCACAGUAUCCCAAUAAAGCCAUCUGAGUUUCUCA